AUGCCACCCCUACCGCCGUAUCCUGCUGGCUUGGAUGAGCCAAGUCCGCAAGCGAUCAACCACACGAUCGCUCAACUCUUGAGGUUGCUGCAUAGUUGCCGCCACCACCACUGCAGCCGGUGUACUACCGUCAUCUUGGAUGCAUGGGGUGCCGUCGCCGCAUCAUCAUCACUCAUUCGCUCGUCCGCCGUAUCCGAGGAUCUAAACCGGUAUCGUGUGAUAUCCACGUUAUGGUGUUUGUGUUGGGACGGAAAUGAGAACAUGACUACCGGUUGUGUGGAAAGCAUUGAGGAGGCGUUGAGAUUGGGGAUAGCGCCCAGACCUGUCUGGCUGGUGGACAUUUAA